AUGCCCGGUGGUGUGACAGUGAAAGACGUUUGUCCACACGAAUUCAUCAAGGCUUUGGCGGCCCAUUUGAAGAAGUGAGUUUUGAUGAAGUUGCCUUGUUUGACGGCUUUGUCGGCCGCACAUCGAUCUGAAUGUCACUCUCUUUAAAUGCAAUUCUUUUAAGGUGGUGAAGUUGAAUUUAUUAAUUCUGAAUUUAUUGUGUUUAUGUCAAAAACACCCGGAUAUAAAGUUUGCAGUGAUACGAAGUUUACAGCAAGGGUAGGCUCGACUUUAGGUCAAGUUGACCAAAUUGAUGCACAGAAGCAACUUUUCAGUUAAUGGCAAAAUUCAAUUCGCUGUUGUAAAACUUAAAAACAUCCAGCUAAUCACUCAGACUUCGAAAGACCUCGUGGUUACAUUUUGUCAGAAGUAUAUUUUUGCCUUUGCAUACUGUAUAUCAAUCUCAGCUGAUACACUACUCCUGUAAGAUUUGGUUAAAGAUUACAUGAUGUUGUUGUUAUUAUUAUUACUUUUUUUUAUAUAUCUAUAAUUUUACUUUAAACACACUUGAAUUGUGAUUUGUUGACUAUGUCUUGCUUGUUUUAUUUAACAUGUAAUGAACAGGCAUUUAAUAAUUUGUAACCUAAAGAUCAGUUGCAGUUCAUGUCUCUUUGUUCAUUACUGAACUAACAGUAAUUGUGAAUUUUAUUUUUAGAUAUAUGAUUUAAAAGUUAGAGAAACAUUUCAGCAUUGAUGUCAUCUUGUGGUUCACAGUUGCACACCAAAUUCUGUUUACCUUUUCCUCCAUGUAAACUCUUAUGCUUCUGAAACAAAACUUCCUGCACUUGCGUAUAAUCUUGAUAGUUUCAAGGAAAUUAAAGCAAUUGAAAUCAACAUUAGUUACAUGUAUUUUUCCCCUCUACAUACGCAUGAUUUGUUGAUUUGAAUCUCUAGGGGUGGCAAGCUGAAGGUUCCCGAAUGGGUGGACUUAGUUAAAACAGCCAAAAGGAAAGAACUUGCCCCAUACGAUCCUGACUGGUAUUACAUCAGGGCAGGUAAUGGAGCUGUUUGCUUUUUUUAUUGUUGUGAAAGAACAUCAAACAUCUUGCUUUAUCAGUAAAAACAGAAAUCUAGCUACAGAACUAGAAAAAUUUUUUGUAAAUUAAAGAUGUUCACCAAAACUUUGCAGGGCUCCAAGUUAAAAGAAAAUAUGUAUAGAGGACAUUUUGGGAAAUGGUACUUGAUAUUUUUUAAAUGAAAAUUUAUCUUGAACUUACUUAAGACCAUAUCGCAAACAGAAUUUUCAAAAAAUUACUAGUAGCUACUUGACCACAGAAUAUAGCUCACUGAAUUGGUUACUCCUUUAGCAAAUUUAGUUUUUGAAAAUUUUAUUCCACUAACCAUGGCAAUCAAAACAGCUACAGCUUGGAGAGAUACAGGGGGAAAAUAGAUGUACCCAACAUUUGUACUUGCUCUGCUUGUGUUGAAACCAUUUGAUUGUGUGUCAUGGUCUCACUUAAGUGUUAAUAUGAAUGAUGUCAUUCCCAUAAUCACCUAAAGAAUCAAAGGUAAAGAAUUGGCAUGGCUGGUUAUUUGUUUCAUGCUAUUAUUGAUGAACACACUGUUUGCUAUUGAAUUAAACAGCUUCAAUCCUCCGUCAUGUGUACCUGCGCAGUGGUAUUGGUGUUGGUCACCUCACUCGUGUUUAUGGAGGUAUUUUAUUAUCCUUUGUGCUUGUUGUUGUGUCAUUUACAUUGGUUGAUUGUUUUAUUGUCAUUAUUAGAUGAAACUAAGAAGAAGUGAUUUAGAAAAACAUUUAACCAUAAAAAAUUGCAAUAAAACAUUUCUUUAAAUCAUUUGAAGAUUGCUAAAAACCAACAACAUUUUGAUGUUGGCUAAAUGUCAUUAUCAAGUCAAAAAAAUAUUUGUAAGGUGCAGUCUAUAUAUACUAAAGUAACUUUGCCUGAUAAAAAGCUAUACCGCAAGAAAAUAAAAAUUUUUUAUAGUUUAGUCUUUGAAUUGUUGUUCAUCAAGAAUCUCAAGCCUAGUUUAAAUAUCAAGAUGGACUCCAUACAUGCCAAACUUUCUGUUUGGUCACUAUUGUUUUUUCUUAUGGUAUAGCUUUUUAUGACUUAUUGUUUGCAAGCACCCUCCAGAAUCGUAAACCAAUUAAUGUUAGUUUAAUCUGUGGAACACAAGAACAUACCAUCACAGCUUGUUGUGUCUACACUUUCUGAUUCUCCUAUAGCUAAAAUAAUAUAAAGUUGCAGUAAACACUGUGGAGAAAUGUUAAUAAGAGCACAGGGACUAAAGUGGGCCAACACAGAUCUGGAACAGUUUUCCCAGAGUACAAUACCUUGACAUAGUUUCCUUAACCCUUUAACUCCCAAGAUCUCAUUAGUAAUUCUCCUUACUGUCUACCAUACAAUUCAUAUGAUAUUAGUUUUGAUAAUUUGAUAUUGGAUCAACUAAUAAUCCCCUAGUUGAUAUUUUUCUUUAUUCUCAUUACUUGUCCGCUCGAUAUUGUACUGACAGUGUAAGGAGAAAUUCUGUCUUAGUCACUAGUGGGACUUAAAGGGUUAACAGGGUGUGAAAUUGCGCCUAAUACAGGCGCCAAUGCGACUAAAUUUUUCACUUUGGUGACCAAAUCCUGAAAGUUAGUCACCAAAUUGGCGACUAGAACAUUUCAUCAUAACCUUACCAAGAGAUAUAGUGAAUUAAAAAGAUUUGCAAAGAUAAAUCCGCAGCAAACUUCCUCAUUAAGUUUGUUUCUAAAACGUAGCACGUGCUUCUUGAUCAACAACUAGACGCCGUCUUGGAUUUAGAUGAGCCUGAACGUUGUAUAUCAUCCAUCCUAGUGUCCACUUUGUAGCACUUAAAGAUCUUUUCCCUAACUUAAUUUUGGAGGGUCUAUCUCGAACGCUGACAGCGUAAAGAAAGAUUUUGUUUAUCUUUGAAAAUGGCAACCAACUUUUUUUUGAAUUGGCUACCACUUUGAAGAAUUUAGGAGCCAAGUGGCUAUCAGAAAAAAAAAGUUAAUUUCACGCCCUGGUUAACAAUAAUUAUUUUGUGCAAGAGCUUAUGUACAUUUGUUAGUUUGAGGGAAGAUAUUUACAGAGGGACAAAGAUAUUGCAUGUAUUCAUAGUAACCUCUCAAAACAAAACUAUAACAUGGGAGACAAACCAGGAUAUUUCUUGUGUUAUGCAGGACGCAAGCGACGUGGUGUCAGGCCAAGCCAUUUUGAGCGCGGUUCUUCAUCUAUCGCUCGCAACAUUUUGAAAGGCCUGGAACAGCUUAAAAUGGUUGAAAAGGACAACACCGGGUAAGAAAAAUAACGUAUUUUCUUGACAGUCGUUCUUAUAUACACUUGAAAUAUGUGAGACAAACUUUUCUGUUACCAGGCAUAGUAUAAUAACAUGAUUUUGAGUGCAAUUUGGUGUUAAAAAGCACAAGCAAAUUUUUCAGACAUAAAAAUUGCAGAAGCCCAGAAGGUGAAGUGCAAUUUGUAGUCUUUGAAAAAUUUACAAUUUUGCUUAUUACACUAAAUUACUACAGAAUUUGUUAUUACAUGUUAAUAAUUCACAUGAAAUAAACAUAUGAAAUUUUUGAAAGUGUGCAUGUCCUAUUUGUAAUUUGCACUUGUGUUUCAACUUUGCACUUCUGUUAUAUGAGAAUGCACUCAUUUUCAGCCAAUUAGAAGCACAUAAUUUUUUCAUGUACAUAAUUACAUCAUUUCUGUUCCUUCAGCGGUACUUUUUAGAUGGUGAGUGGUUCAUAAGGGUAAGGGAACAUCGUUUGUUGAUCGAAAAUGUUGUUCUCUUUCAGAGGCCGAGCAAUCACAAGUCAAGGCCAGAGGGAUUUGGACCGAAUCGCUUGCCAGGUAAACUUGAAGUUUUGAUCUUUGUUUUGGAAGAGAUAUUUACAACUAGGGUUGUCAAAGUUUUUCAGUCAUCCCAUAAUUUGUUCACAAGUAAGGGAAACAACUUCCUCGCUUAAAGUUAUGGUAUCUACCUCUCAGAGUGACUAGCAUCUAAUUCCUCCCUACAAUAUCACCCCUGAGUCACUCAUUUAGGUCAUGAGAAUUGAGGAACUGAUCACCAACUAAAGAAGUUCUUGAUUGUAAACAGAUUUCUACUGUCAGCACCUGGGUGUAAAUGGUUAAUAGUUUUGUAGAGGAAUGUGCUCUUUUCGUUUUCCUGCUGCUUUUUAGUUCUUCCAUUGUAAUUUUUCAUAGCUUUUUAUUUGGGGAACACUAUUUUUGUCCAAGGGCUGAAUGUGAUUUGAUGUUAAGAGAGUGCUCUUCUAUGACAGUUGAAACUCACAUUUUCUGUUUUUGGUUCCACAGGUUGUGCCAAGUUCUUAAACUAAAGCCAAACAUGUAAAAUUUCAUCAAAAAAUAAAGAUAUCUGUUUCACAGUGACUAAAGGAGACCUUGAUUUUGUCUGUAAAUGCUGGACUCUGAAACUUAGAGUCCAAGUUCAUACUAUGGCUAGGCUCACAGCAUUUUUCCUUUUGGAAAUUGACUGAUUGAUGAUUGGAUGAUGAGUGUGAGAUUUCUAUGGUUUGAUAGCUGAUGAUUGCUGAUUGGUUACUUUUAAAACCGAAGAUUCAUUUCUCCCUCCAUUUUUUGCCACCCAUGAACCCAAAUGUAGAAUAAUAAUAAAAAAUAUAUAUAUAUAUAUAUUAUGUAUGUUUCAAUGUUUGAACACAGUUCUUAACCCUUUGAAUCCUGAAAUCAAAUAUUGAGGUCCCAAGAAUAAAGGACCUCAUCACUAACUAAAGAGACUCUUGAUUGUUAAACACAUUUUCCCUGUUGGCACCUCGUGAAAAUUAUGGAGAACAGAGUAUGGAAAAUAGGCAUACUGAUGUUACAGUGUUGAGGAUUGAUUGUUACAGAUGUUAUCACAUCAAUAAAUUUACAAAGGUGUUGUAAAGAAGGGAUCCUAUUUCAGUAGUCAGGGUUCAAUGAUUCAUUAUUUUUACUAGAUAUCUUACACAUCGUGAGACUUAAGUUUUUUUGUAUGGUACUUCCAUUGCGACUUGAAAAUUAUAUUGGUUAUGAGCACCCAAAGGCACACAUAAGAUUGAGUGACCGAGUUGAACUUUUGGGGAAAGCAACUCUGAAAUCACAAGAGCCUUUGCGAGGGAAAUUUUAGAGUUACUUCUUUGAUUUUCCUGCGUGGGCAAGCUACUACGAACUGCUGCUGGCCGUCGAAGAACAGAAAAACUGAGUGAAAUAACUGGGAAAGCAAAGUUGUCAAGAAUUGUCAUUAUUGUUAAUGAAGCUAAAAUUGGAUGCUAUUUAUAAGGCGCGCGAGGUAAAGGAAAUGGAGUCCACCACGCGUUGCGGAUUGGUUUCGUUAGGACGCCGCGAGAUCUUAUCGGUAUUGCUUUUGCGUGUGUAAAGUUUGCGUGAUCAUCUCGCACGCAAGCCGCACGAAAUACACGCGCAGAUCCCAUACGUCACACUACCUACGUGAUCGUGACAUACAAAGCCGAUUAAGUUAAUCCAGGCAGGGAACUUCCCUUCCCUGCAGGAAACACGACCAGAUUCCAUCACAAGGCCAAAGGUUAUCUGGCAGCUCCACUCACUGACACGGUAGGAUUCAAAAUACACCACGUACUUCGAUAAUACGCUGCCUCCUUUACGUAAGUAUAUUCACUGUACUCUUCUACGUUAUCUCUGGUACGGAACGCUUUGGUUGCUAACAGUACUGAGAGCGUCGAGUCGACUAAAGACACUGUCUACACCAAGUGACCGUUCGGCUUUCACUUUGUAGAUGAUCUGCGCAUAAUUCUCAAGGUACGAUCGAUGCAUUCCUCGCUUCAGACAACCCAAACUGACCAGAUCUACUGGCCAAUGAGUUUUGUCUAACUCUCCUGCAAGUAACUUUUAUUUAAGAACCCCGUAACAAUUCAUACCAAGUUCUUGACUUUUUUACAUUUCUGCAAUACCCCUCCCCAUCCCCCCACCCCCAGAACAUAGGUUUGUUUUAAGCACCACCCCCCUCUCUUCACACAAAACAGACUAUUUUUGGUGAAAACUUUAUCCCGGUUGCUUCUCUAAGAAAAGCUUUACUGCACUUGUUGGAAUCCUUCAAAUAAUGACGUUUAUUAGCGCAGAUGAAGCUCUUGCUUCAGAGAAGAAACCUAAUUAAGAUCAUUUUAUUCAACACAAAGCUAUUCCCGAUUCAUCUCGUUUUCUUCUGUUUUAAUUUGCCUUAUUUUUGACGAUGAAGGUUAAUGUUGCCGAUGAGAAUAUGAAGUUUGCUCUUUUAAUCGCCGUUCAAAAUGUGUUCAUCUUGGCUGUCUCUGAGCAGAGGAUUACACCUUGGACAAACAGGGACUGCGCAAGGGUAAGAAUGACCUUCUCCCCGUUAGAAGUAAAUCUUUCAGCCAUGCACCCCCUAUCCAUUCUCUUUUCUCUUCGAAUCCCCAGCUGAGGAAUUCUCUCUUUCAGUGAGAGCGAUUGUCAGACAAUUUUUUGCGUGAGUUUCUGAGUAAACUUGGCAAUGCAUUAGAUCUAUUUUAAGCUGUUAAAGUGAUAACAAUACACCAUUAUUUAGAGAAUAAACAAUGAAUCGUCCAAUUUUAAACUGUAAGCUGAUUACUUAAAAUCCCCUAAUCGUGAUAUGAUACAUUGCCAACGCGCCUUUUACACGCGCGAGGGAAAAUUACGCCGGCACGCGUGCUAACGCGAAUUUACCCGCGCACGCUACUUGCUUUUGCAAUCAUUACACCUAAACCAAGUACGAAGGUGAUUUUACUCACUCCUUCUCUCAUUCUGUCUCCAACUUUGAAAUGUUCCUUACGAGAUAUUCGCAACUACUUUACGUCACGCGAGCAUAAUCGUGUAUCGUGAUGAGAUACUUGAGAGAUAAAGCGUCAUUAGAGAAACCAAAAUUUUGCCUUUAGACAUGACGAUUUUAUUUUAGUCAAAUACGCAUUAUUUUACGAUGUGAUCAAAUUAUCCGCAAAGUGAAUUUUACCAGAUUAACGACGUGUUUUGACGGAAAGCUUUUUAAACUUCAGAUGACUCAGGCUUGUGAUCAGAUAACAACUGGCGUCCAAGGAACAUCCGGGCCUCCAGGAAUCGCUGGGAGCCGCGGUGAACCGGGCCCGGCAGGACCUGCAGGACCACAGGGGCUUAGAGGGCCUCCUGGAAGAUCUAGACCCGGCCCCCCAGGACCACCGGGGCCACCAACGGGUCAACGGCCGGGUCCCCCAGGGGAUCGCGGCGAAAGAGGAAGGAGAGGGAGCCCCGGGGACCCUGGAGACGAUGGAGAGAAUGGACUGAGAGGAAGGAAAGGAUUUAAGGGGUUUGAUGGAGUUAAGGGAAAGAGAGGCCCGGAGGGAAGUCCUGGAGAGCGAGGGCCUCCUGGUGUGACAGGAUCCGCCGGUACCAUGGGAGCUUGGACGCGCUGCUCCUGGGAGUUAAACCGCAAUAAAGAUAACGGACUGCUAAAGGUUUACUAGCCACACAUUUGUUUUGUUUUGUUUUUUAUUUAUUUAUUUUUUAUAAAUGUAUUAUACCAUUAUGCAGCUGCUUUGGUCUGGGAGAACCAAGCGCUAAACUUCUUGACAUAGCGUCUUUGGGGCGAAGAGGUCUUUGGAUUGCCUCAGAUUCCAAAAGACAACAGUCUUUCAUCGAUUUCCACAAACACAAUCGCUUAACAUGCACAUCGGCAACAAGCCGCGACAUCUAAUCGUAGAUUUGCCUUUGAUAACUCGUGGAUGUAGAAUUUGUGUUCAUUUCAAAUACUUUUAAUCAGUUCUGUACAUUUGAAUCUAGAACGGAUCCAAAUAAAUUCUCUUUUUUUCAGGAAUGUAUUUUCACCAAAAAAGACCCCAACUCAGUCUUACGCGUGGUGUAUGAAGGAAAUCUACAGAUUGGUCUCUGCCAGGAUUGCUGCAAGCGUUGGUACUUUAUAUUCGACGACGCCGAGUGUAACAACCCAGGCCCUAUCGACGCGAUUGUGUCGGGAGGUCUGAGUCGUGAUUACCCCUUUUACUCCUAUGGCAGAAUCGAAGGCUUUUGUGAAAGAAGAUUUUCUUCAGGGCCGAUUCGAAUUGGACUGCAAAUGGAGAACUGUAAGACUUUUGCGAGCUCUCUGUUACCCUACAAUAUACAACUGUACAAGCGUUAUGGAAAUAUACUCAUUCAAGAAGUUUCGCCAGCGCAGUGAAAUACAUCUGUAACCAGUUUUCCCAGUCUCUCUUAGCCCGAGUGUUAACGCGGUCCCAUUUUUUGUUCCUUUCCCAGCUGUGAAGCCAAUGACAACUUUAAAUCUUUCCUUAAUAACUACGCAAAAUAAAGAAUUUCUCCAAAAACAAAUGGAUAUCGAUAAAAGCGCGGGUAUGGCCUGUGGAAAAAGUUUAAAAGGUAAUCUACAGUCUACACUGUUGAAUUACCAGGUAAAACUUAAGGUCUUGAGUAUUGGAAUAAAUAUAUCAAUCAUUGCAAACUGUGGGAGCCUUUAUUUUAAACUCUGGAUCUAAGGAACUGUUGAGAAUCUUGGAAAUCUUAAGAAGAAUAUCGUCUUUUACUCUUUGAUGGUAGAGUCAUACAGUGGAACAUUCAUAAUCAGAGCUCGUUCCAUUAAAAUUCCUCCUCUUUCUUGCCCUGUGUUCAUAGCAGUACUCCUUCUCUCACAAUAUGACCGUUGUGUAAGAAAACAGAGAAAAUUGACGCCGCGCGCAAUCUGGGGUCGAGAAACAGACUUUUCUCUAAGAGGGAAUGCAUCAUCGGUUUCCUUGUUUCUUUUUUUACUGCGUUUGACGAAUAAAUCUGAAGAAGAGAAGCUGUUUGUAGUUUAAUUUUUUUUGCGUCUUGUGGAGCAGAAAAUUUCAUUAGUGCUUGCAAGGCUUGGUUGUUUAUUCGCGAGAAAUUUUGGCAGCUAAUAUAAAUCAAUUUAGCCAGCGUUUGUUUAUCACAAAGUUCCUCAUUCUUGUAGUCAAUCAUUUUCUGCGCGACUCCCACGCCUGUCGAUCGUGCAAGUUAUUCAUUCCACACCUUCUCAUACGCGCAUGUUUCAUGCACUCGCGCGAACCUCACCUGGAGCGCUUCAAACAGAGAGGAAAGAAUUGUAAAAGCGCAUAAUCGACAGAAGUGAAAAUCUUAGGUCCGUCCUAUAGUAUUGACGAAUCUUUGUCAAAUGUUUACUUGUUAUUUCCUUCAGAGACACUCCAAGACAAUGAAUAAACAAUGCACAACUAUAUUGUUCAAAACGAGAAUUUUCGUGGCUGUUUUUCGCGAACUGACGAGCAGGGCUUAUCUCUUUAAAUCCGGAAAUCCCCUUGCGAUGAAUCAGUUAACAAAGACAUCCUGUUGUUUUGCGCUCUUCUUCUCGACGUCACGUAAUCUCGUGAGAGAAAACAGACACAAUAUUGUAGUUGAUGUGAUCGUGACGCGCAACGCACUUAAAGCGGACGGAGAUGACGGCAACUUGCUCUCUUUUAUUUCUGUCUUUUGUUGUGUUUAGGACAGUUUUUGCUCAAGGGGAUAUUGUGUGGACAUCAUCAGAAUGUCGCAGGGUGAGGUUUCUUCUCUGUUUCGUUUAUUAAGACAUUCUAAGUGAACAUAUGCCUGUUGACGCUACUUAUUCUGUGUCUUGUGAAUAACAGACCUUUUAGAAGACAACAAUCUAGGCCAUUUUCUGGUGAAGCCAACAUUUUCUUAGAGAGAGUUUAAUGUAAACAUAUUUCCAAAUGGAAACCAUCAACAGAAAAUUAUACACUCGAUAAGAAAUCUAUCUUUAGCCGAUCUUCAGCUCAGCAUUCCACAUACUCACCCUUCCCCUCCUUGGGUUGGCUACCCCCUCUCCUGUUUCUAAAUGACGCAGGUAUGAUACGAUAUACGGAAAAAUAAGCGCUGAGUCAAACACCCGUGGAGCAUGACUCUUGUCAAGAAGAUAGAAUUCUCUCUUUUUCAUGCACCGUAAAACUUACUAGUUUCUAUAGGUAGUUUCUCAACCCAUUUUGCUCUUCUGGUAAGGGAGAAUUUGAUCCUCAAUCACAAAAAAAGGCAAGUAUUAAUGUAAAUUUUUUUGUAGAUGAUGGAGUCGUGCGAGCUACUUUCCGGUCUUCCAGGACCCCCCGGAUCAAUUGGACUCAAAGGUUUUAGAGGGGCCCAGGGACCAAGUGGUCCACUUGGCGACAGAGGGUUUCCGGGAGAGCCCGGUGAUUCCCCACAGGGAGGUGGUGGAUUUCCCGUGAAAGGAGCAAAAGGGGACCUUGGAGAAGAAGGAGCAAAAGGAGCAAACGGGUUGAAGGGGGAACCAGGGAUACCCGGAGCGUCAGGGGCGCUGGGAUCAUGGGGACCUCCGGGAAUAUCGGGAGACAGAGGAGCAGUUGGCGAGACUGGACCCCGCGGGAUCAAUGGAGACCCUGGAGUGAGCGAGCUGAACUGGAAACAAUGUGUGUUCAAACCAGAUAUCAAUACACCACGAGGAGAAUUGUCUGUAAGUACAAAGACGUACUCCAACGAUUGAAGUUCAAGAUUCCUCACUUUCCUGAUGGACGGGCAAAAUAACUGACUUACUAACUGACUGAUCAACUGACUGACUACCUGACUAACUGAAAAACUGACUGACUGACCGACAGGCAGACUGAUUGGUCAACCAACCGACCGACCAACCGAUUGACUGACUGGCUGACAGACCAACUGACUUUCUGCCCUAACUUCCUAAGCAACUGACCAACUGACUAGACGUCCGACCGACUUAGUAAAAGACCCAAUGUCUGAAGUACUGACUGACUGAAACGCACACCGUCUUUUUUAAUAUUUUGUCACCUGUGCUUCUUGAAGUCGAUAUGACACGACUCAGCUUGAUCUCAUCUUCAUUUUAUCCUUUCUGUUUCUAGUUCUGCUCGUUUUUAAAAAUGCGCAGCGAUACUUCGCUUCAUGUCACUUACCAGGGUGAGACACAUAUCGGUCUGUGCAAGACCUGUUGCAAGACUUGGCACUUCACCUUUGACAACUUGACGUGCACCGACCCUGGAAACAUCAACGCUGUGUUCAGCGCCUUGAACUUACUUACUGGUGGCGAAAGAAGUUCUCUUCCAACGUUUAUGCACGGAACGAUCUCCGGGUAUUGCAACUCAGUCCCUAGGGGCUUGGUUCGCGUAGGGAUCUCACUGGAUGAUUGCCCUGGAUAUCCCAGGGACCGGGAGAAUAUUUCCACCAUUAUGCAGCCUAACAGUCGGCUGAUCAUUCAGGAAGUUCCCGCCCCACAAUUUUAAAUAUGAGAGUACUAUUAUUAAAAACGCUUGAUUAAAAAGUGCUUCCUAAUUCUGGAAUUUAAUUCAAGUUGAUUUGAAUUUUGCUACAACUUUUAGGUGCGCUGCAUUGUCAGUAUCUAAAUAACUGCGCACCAACCCCUCCCCUCCCCUAACCCAGCAUUAACCUAUCUUGUUAUCAGUCGACAAGGGGUGAGAAGGAGUGGGGAGGUGUGGGUGGGCAGUUCCUCAGAUCCUGACAUUAAUCCACGUUUUUUAAAUAGAUACUUAAGUAAGUAACACGCAAGCGCACAAUUAUACACCCUAAGAGUAACAGAGUGGUGAACGUUGUUUAUUUUAGCUGUUCUUUGUAAGACUAAAAACGAUCGACAAGUUUGUUAGGAACUUUUAAGAUAUAUUUUAAGAUAUAUAAACAAGCUGCAUUCAAUCGCGCUUCUUAGGCCUCAUUGGUGGGUUCAGAGAUUUUUACUCAGGCCAUGAAUGAAAAGUCUCAACCAGAUUCUGUACUUUAUUUUUUCAUUAAAAAAACUCUAAGAAUCAUCAUCUGUGUAUUACCUUAGAUUAGAACGAGUCUUAACUGAGCAGGUUGAGUUGACCUGUGAAGGAAAAGCGGGAAACGUUUUUCUUAUUCCACAAUGCCCAGUACCACUCUGCCAUGACACCAAUUACGCACAAAAAAAAGGUACAACGCAGCUCUUGCUUUGACUCUUGUAAUUCCAAGAUUGCAUUAGUAAUUCUCCUUACUGUCUGCCCUACAAUUCUUAUGAUGUUAGUUCAGAGAAUUUGGUAUUGGAUCAACGUCAAAACUUAAAUAAGGUCAUUUCGGCUUCCCGCCGGCACGGGUUACGACAAAUCUCCCGGCCCCACCCCACUCCUACAGUUUUUUGUCCCUUCCCUUCCUGCCACCCAAUCACACUUCAUUUCGUGACUUAACAGGAAAAGAUUAACUCUCUUUAAGAAUAAAAAAAAUUACUAACUGUCGGAAGCCGACAUUUGACACAGAGCCCACAUGCUGAAAAAUUUUAAUCUUUCACCAAACAUGCUCCGUGGGUUUUCAUCAUCCAGAUAAUCAAACAAGACUUUGAAUACAGAGGUGAGUAUCUUUACAGCAAAUGCUAUUUUCGCGUAAUAUUUUUCACCGUUAUCAAAAAUAUUUUGAUACAUUUUCAGCUCUUGCGCUGUGGUUGGACCACUUUAUGCUCGCAUACAAAUUUACUAGUCCAAUGUUUACAGAUGGCUUGUAGCCAGACUGUUAAAUUUCGAUUUUGCAACUCAAUUUUCUUCGAUUUUCGUUGCGUUAGGCUGUAUUGUUCCCAUUUGUUGUUCAAUUACAGAUACGGCUGCCCGCGAAUGACAGAGCGCACUUUCUCAAGCGCAAAUCGUUUCAAUCCACGCGUGUUUUCGCGCGUGCAUUUGUCUUUCCCGCACACGAAGUGCGAAAUGUCUGUCGAUGUCUUUCACAUUGUGCGUCCAAAUUUACUGCUAUUGAUUAUUUCAAAAAAACUCGUUUUCCAAUACUUUCAGUUGAUUAUACUGUUUACUUCUACUUCUCAGGCGAUGACAAGAUUUCUGGAGUUGAUCAUUUUCUUAUCCGUUUGUCAAGCAGUUCAUACUCAAAGCAAAAUUCGUUGGGGAAAAUUACUGUGUGACCAGGUAAGAUACAACGACAGAACGUAGGGUUCCUGUGGUGUCCAUCUGUGAUAUCUUUUUUUAGCCAAAAAAUGCAAAACUUAUAAUUCAGGUCCGCGAAAACGCGCAAAUCUGGAGAAAUUUAUCAAUUUCAUAACUCUCGAGUAUGAUAGCCACAUAUAUUAUCUUUACAGUCUUGACACACCGUUCAAAAGUCAGGUUUUGAGGGGUAAAAAAUAUCGGUUUAACUGGGGGUAUCUGGUAGGAUAAAACACCAAAUUCUAAAGACUAACGAACUAAGACACGUAUUUGCUUCUGUUGGAAGAAAUAAGCUUUCUAAUCGAUCCUGGGAGUUGAAGGAUCGAAUGCCCUAUCUUAAAGGGGAGAGAAACCAUGCGAGGGUUCGAGAAGGACAGAAGACAGCCAAAAACUGGGAAAUAGAGAAAAGAUGUCAAAAUCUUAUUGCAUUAGAAAAAACAGAGUGAAAGAGAAAAAAAUAACAGAAAGAUUUUGACAGGAGGUAAGUUCAUAUGCUAUCAUAAUGAAAUGGAAAUUUCAUCAUCGCAGAAAGUAAUUGAUCAACCAUAUCAAUAGUUUGCACUUUAUUUCCCUUCCUUUCACCUUUUCAUCCACCUUUCUUUAUCCCAUAACAGGUAGAGACUAAAUGCAAGAAAGACUUCAUCGGAUCUCCCGGACCCCGUGGGCCCAUCGGAAUUCCGGGACCAACAGGGCCAUCUGGGAGGAAAGGAAUAAGGGGCCAAAAAGGUGCUAAGGGAUCCAGUUAUAUUGUGGACCCCUUUCCACUUAUUGGGUCUAAAGGGAGGAAAGGUGAACCAGGUAAUAUAAUUUUUCACUACUCUCAUUACUGGUGUAUAUGAAGUGUUGCUACGAAAAAAAAUGAAAAAGUGAUCUAAACAUGUUAACAAUAGAUGAGCAUUUCUUUAAUACCCUUUUGUGGGAAACAAACGAAAAAUAGGACAAGUAUCCACGUAUAAAAUAGUUACCUUUUUUCUUUAAUCGCAGGCCUUCCUGGUGUACGAGGGCCCAAAGGAUUCCCUGGGAAUAAGGGAUUCAGAGGAACCCGGGGGGAACAGGGAGUCCGUGGACCUAAGGGGGACAAAGGGUCCCGCGGAUUUCCUGGCAUAGAAGGACCGAAAGGUCAGCCGGGAAGAUCUGGAUCAAUCUACAGCUGGAAGACUUGUACAUGGGACCAUGAUCCUCUGCAACAGUACGGGCUGCUCAAGGUUAGUCUUCUACUGUUGUGCAUUUGGGUACAACCUUUUUACACGCUUCACAAAUAUAAAGUUUUGAUGGAGCUCCUCUUUGUGAAGAAUCACUACAACGAGUUUUAACUGUACUCGAAAGCGGGUGAUAUUCUGUGUUAAGGUGUCCUGUGUUACGGAGGUGCCCUGUGUACCACGCGCAUAAAAACAAGAAUCACGAACGACUAGCUUAGUUUAUUCUUUCGAACGGGCGUGUUCUGGAUAGGCCGAGGUUUAGCUACGGACGAAUUGGAUAUGUGCGAGCAGUCUGGAAUCGUAAUUCUCAGUAUUAGAAACGAUUUAGGCUUCAAUGAGGUUCAAACCCGUGCGUCCUAUCUUCUUAUCAAGUACUUCUAUUAGCCUAUUCCAGACGUUUAGCAAAGCGAAACGAGGUGCGAUUGUAGCGUACGUUCGGUUUGGGUACGCGUCACUACGUGACCCGACUCGACCCAAGCCUCCCUCAUGUGUUUUCACAUCUUUGCUACUAUCGCGUCGUUUACUAGCGCACUUUGCUUUGCGUCCCGGUGAUUAAAAACCACCAUCGUUCUCACGACAUUUCAAAAUUAUUUCGGUGCAGGUUAUUUUUUAUCGCCUAGUAGAGUAGUGGAGUUGGAGGGUUAAGGGUUUCAGGGGGGGUUAUAUAGUUUUCAAUGGGGAGGGAGGGACGAUCAGUCGUCGCCAAGGGAACAGGUAAACUUUAUAGUGACAAAAUCAAAAACUUUUCACCCCCUCUCCCCCUCCGUCCCGUCAAUAAGUAAUGACCAGUCCCUUACAAUGUUGUCUCCUGUCUUUCUUCAGGAAUGUGUCUUCACAAAACAAAGUAAUCUGAGUUUCUUGCACGUGAUCUUUGAAGGGAGCAUGCGCGUCGGCUUCUGCAAUUCUUGCUGCAAGCGGUGGUUCUUUGCAUUUAACGACCUCGAGUGUGAAAAUGCUAACAUAGAAGCCAGGCUACAAGGCACCAAGGAACUCGCAGGAAUGGAAUAUCGUCACGUGAGACUCGAAGGUUACUGCGCAGUCCCCGCUGGGGAGGUGUUGGUGGAAUUAUGGGUGCAGGAUUGUUUUGGCCAUCAGAGAACAUCGAAAGUUCCGUUCGUAAAAGUUGAUUUGAGUCCUCGAGUUACUGUUGAAGAGAUUAGUUUGAGUGAUGUAUAAAAACAUUGUCUGAGGACUUUUUAACUGGAUUGUUGUAUCGUGGAAAGAUCAGUUCUCUCUUACUAUAUCAUAAAAGAGGAAAUAAAACUAUGUUGCAUCCUUUCAGU